AUUAUAGUUUCGUGUGUUUUCGAUGAAAAGAGUGAGAUAGAUAGAAGGAGAAAGAGGAUAGUAAACGUUCAAAAUCGUACGUACGCGAGAAGUGAUCGCGCCUCGAUUGAAUUUCGAAACCGGUUGAAACCGUAGCCAUUGGACAUCGUCGAAAAGGGCUAAGAGAACCGGUAAGAGAAAGGACGGUAGGAGAAAAGACGUUUACGAUUUGGAUAAAGAACCAACCAUUCUUUUUAUUACUCGAUAAACUAUUAACGUUUGGAAAUCGCUGGUUGGGACUCUUCGAGAAGAGAAGUCGAAAAUCGAGAGAUUAAUCUAAGAUGGGAUACGGUACAGAGAUGGACGGUUGCGGUCGUUUUAUGAAGUACUCAUUGUUCUUUACAAAUUUCAUCAUCUUCAUCGGCGGCGUCGUUAUAACUGGGUUAGCGAUAUGGGCAUUCGUCGAUAAAGUACCUUGGAUAGGCGAAUUGGUCGGAAACGAUUUAUUGACAGGUGCUAUUUAUGUGUUACUAGCUGGUGGAAUUUUGGUAGCUAUUAUCGCUUUCUUUGGAUGUGUGGGUGCGUCACGCGAAGUCAAGUGUAUGCUAGUCACAUACUUCAUAAUCGUGUUCCUGUUGUUCGUGACGAUGCUAAUCGGCGGUGUUCUCGGUUAUGUGUUCCGUGAAAAAUUGUUGAGCACAUUGGAACGUGAAAUGUCUGGUAGUCUGAGACUGUACGAUCACCGCAAAUCCGUCCGUGAUGCUUGGGAUACUACGCAGACCCAACUCCAUUGUUGCGGUGUGUAUGCCUGGAGAGAUUGGGGAGUUCAUGGUCUCCUUGUGCCACAAAGCUGUUGUCGCGAGGUUCAACCCGGACAGCGAUUUAACUGCAGUGCCGGUGCUGACACAGUGAAUCCAUCCAACGCUUAUCUGGAAGGUUGCCUAAACAGAACGCAAGUUUAUAUGCAACAGCAUGCAGCCGUUAUGGGUGGCGCUGGUAUUGCUGUUGCGUGUCUCAUGUUCUUUGGCAUGAUAUUCUCUUGUGCAUUAUUCAAGAUGAUAGAAUGACAAAGCAAUGACUAUUGCGUGUAAAAAACAUCUCGUGAGUUCUCUUUUGAUCGAGACAAGCACGGAAGAUAAUGAAAAUCUUCAACGCAUACUCGACGAUUUUUCCUGCUAUGAAUCACACGACGAUGGAUCUCUAUCAUCGUCAUUAAUAAAUCUGCCUCGAUGUGUAUCUCAAUAACAAAUUCUCGCCAUUCGUCUCUUUA